ACAGAUCACUAAAAGAAAUCUAUAGAAAUACAUGACAAAAUAUGACAGCGCACCAAAAUGGCACCGUCUCCUCUGAGGUUUCAGACUUCCUCCUGAAUUGUUUUGCCCGGUCCCCUAGCUGGAAAUUCUGGUUGUCCCUGCCCCUCAGCCUCCUCUUUCUUUUAGCCAUGGGGGCCAAUAGUGUUCUCCUGAUCACCAUCCGGCUGGAGGCAUCUCUGCAUGAGCCAUUGUACUACCUGCUCAGCCUCCUCUCCCUGUUGGACAUCAUUGUCUGCCUCACCGUCAUCCCCAAGGUGCUGGCUGUCUUUUGGUUUGACCUCAAGUCCAUCGGCUUCUAUGCCUGCUUCCUCCAGAUGUACAUCAUGAACUGCUUCCUUUCCAUGGAGUCCUGCACAUUCAUGGUCAUGGCCUAUGACCGCUAUGUAGCCAUCUGCCACCCACUGAGGUACCCAUCCAUCAUCACUGACCAAUUUGUAGUCAAGGCUGCUGUCUUUAUUUUGGCCAGGAAUGGCAUUUUAACAGUACCUAUCCCCAUUCUAUCAUCCCGACUCCAUUAUUGUAGGACAAAUGUCAUUGAGAACUGCCUCUGCGCCAAUAUGUCUGUCUCCAGGCUCUCCUGCGAUGAUGUCACCAUCAAUCGCCUCUACCAGUUUGUCGUAGGAUGGACCCUGCUAGGGUCUGACCUCAUCCUCAUCUUUGUCUCCUAUACCUUCAUACUGCGAGCUGUGCUGAGACUCAAGGAAGAGGGUGCUGUGGCCAAGGCCCUGAGCACAUGUGGCUCCCACUUCAUCCUUAUCCUCUUCUUCAGCACCAUCCUUCUGGUCUUCGUGCUCACUCUUGUGGUGAAGAAGAAAGUCUCCCCGGAUGUGCCAGUCUUGCUCAACAUCCUCCACCAUGUCAUUUUCUCAGCCCUCAACCCCAUUGUGUAUGGGGUGCGAACCCAGGAGAUCAAGCAAGGAAUCCAGAGAUUACUGAAGAAAGUGUGGUAAUAAGGACAAUUGGAUCUCUGCAUUCCUCACAUAAAAUGAGUUUUGAAUCAAUAAUGGGUGAGUGGGCUUAAUCAUAUCUAUGAAUUGCAAUCUCAAAAUGGGUAACUUGAAUAUUGUGUCUUCUUUAAAAACUCAAGCUUCACUGUUAAGUUUCCCUUUUCUCACUUCUCCUUUAGGAAUAUCUUUUGCCCCUUUUGCCUUUUCCCAUACAUAUUAUCCUAUAUUGACAAAAUACUGAGAUUCCUUGGGGGAGGUUCCCAAAUGAGAAAUUUAUGUUCCUGAAUAUACAGCUGUUAUUAUGUCAUGCCUUUACAUUCUUAAAUACACAACUGUGGCUAUUUGGGGGUAGAGUUGUGUAACAUGUAAUGGAUUCUUACUUUUAUUUCUACAGAAGGGAUCAUAUUGGAGAAAAAGACAUAGGAGUGAAAUUUCACUCCUGAAUAUGGAAGGUUGCUACUUCUCUCUAACUGGGUCUGCAAUUGGGUGAUCAUUCUAGAUGAGCAUUGCAAGAGGACAGGGUUUUUUUGUCCUGGAUUUCUCAUUUGUGCAACAAUUAUCAAUGAGGUCGAUUAUAGUUAAGAGACUCUUAAAUUCUCCUCCGCAAUGGAUUUGUGCUUUGCACAUUUAUCUUUUCAAUCCAGAGUGUCACAGUUUAGUUCAAUCUAGGGUGUGAAAAAAUAGUUUAACUAAUGAGUUAAAGGUUUCAAAGAUUGUGUAUAUGAUCCAGUAAUAAUAAUUUAAAUAUAAAAAAUAGAAUAUCUGAACAUUUUUUUCAUAUUAACUGAACAAUUUCUAAGAACACUUUGUGUCCUGGGAAUUCUGUUAGCUAUUAAGACUCAAAAAUAUAUAGAAAAAUGUGGCUUUUGGGAAUUC